AUGUACUCGCGACACUACCAGAUCCCCUACCCGUCGCACAAGUCGCCCCUCGACGGCGACACCGCUCACCGCGACCUCGACUGGGCGUACGCCGCCCAGUCCGACCGCGUCUUCUCCUUUGGCGUCAACGAGCGCGGCGUCACGCGCGCGCACAAGCUCGUGCUGCUGCAGACGCAGUUCUGGCCGGCGCUCGCGCGCUGGGUCGAGGCCCGCCAGGAGGUGCUGCCCGGCGGCACCCUCGUCGGCGGCUGGUGGCGCGCCGACAUGAUGGGCAUGCUCGACUGGUACCGCGACUGCCUGGGCCUGACGCCGCGCUGGGACGACGCCGUCGUGGCCCACGCCGACGGCGUGUGGCGCGACGUGCUCGCCACCAGUCCCUGGUUUCACUGGGCCGAGUUUUUCCCCCUGCUCAAGGAAGAGGUGAGGGAUGCGAGCGGCCAGGUGAUUACAGAUGGCGAGGGACGCGUCUUGUAUCAGGAUCGGGGACCCCAGAGGGGACGGCAUGGAGGAUGCGUUUGUGGAUCUGUGGGAGGCCGUGGCGAAUAA